GGUGGAAUCGACCCUAAAUGACAAAUUGUGCAUUUUAUUCUGCAAAUUUGUAAAAAGUACUAGAUAUGCAAGCAGUAGCUGCAUCUGCAGUCGAUGUUCUGUGAAGCUGGAUGAAAAACUAUUCGAACGCAACUCCGAUGUUUUUACUUAACUGACAUCUAUGUCAUAAAUUUGACAAAAAUGGCCGCCCUCUAUUUGUAGUUUUGACAUCGUGUCAUUUUUCACAAAGAUUUUCUCACUAUUGUUCAGAUAUACAACGUUGUUUAAUAUUAAUUUGGAUUUAUUUGGAUUCAUAAAAAGUUAAGAUGUCUGCUGGUCCUUAUAAUUACUCUUAUAUUUUCAAAUAUAUUAUCAUCGGUGAUAUGGGUGUAGGAAAGUCGUGUUUGCUGCAUCAAUUCACAGAAAAAAAAUUUAUGGCUGACUGUCCUCACACAAUAGGAGUAGAAUUUGGGACACGCAUCAUUGAGGUCUCAGGACAAAAAAUCAAGCUUCAAAUCUGGGACACAGCUGGACAGGAACGUUUCAGGGCUGUAACUCGCUCAUAUUAUCGUGGUGCGGCCGGAGCCCUAAUGGUUUAUGACAUAACUAGGAGAUCCACUUAUAAUCACCUAAGCAGUUGGUUAACAGACACUAGAAAUCUGACAAAUCCCAGCACAGUCAUUUUCCUGAUAGGAAAUAAAUGUGAUUUGGAGGGACAGAGGGAUGUGACAUAUGAGGAAGCUAGUAAAUUUGCUGAAGAAAAUGGUCUGAUGUUUGUAGAAGCCAGUGCAAAAACCGGUGAUAAUGUAGAAGAAGCAUUUCUGGAAACUGCAAAAAAGAUUUACCAAAGCAUCCAAGAUGGCCGAUUGGAUCUCAAUGCUGCCGAAUCGGGAGUGCAACACAAACCAUCACAACCAGGUCGUAAUCCACUGUCCAAUGACCAACAGGCGAACAAAGACAAUUGCGCCUGCUAGUUUUAUGUCCAAUUUUAAUAUAUUUUCAAAAAAAAUUAGGAAUCUCCUGGAUUCUAUUUUAAUUUAAAACAUGGCGUUUUAGGGUGUCACUUACGGUUCACGGGAAUUUAGUUCGUUUUUAAGGUGCAAAUUGGCACAGUAAUUAUGGAUAUUUUAGGAAGUAACAUACUUUUUGUUACAUAUUAUCAAAUCCUGAAACGUCACUGUCUAUACUUUGAAGUCUCUAUCCACCUCUGUUUAUAGGUACAGUUAACUCCAAUGAAAUGCAGAUAGUGAUUUUGUUAGGAUUAUUUCUCUUGCCAUUAAAUUUCAAUUUUCAACCAACCUUAGAUAUUUAUGUCAUUACAAUCACAAUUUUUAUAGUGCUCUAUGCACAUCAUUUACACCAAUACCAGGUUAAUAUUAAAUCUUCCUAAAUUAAAUUUGACCAUGAUAAAUUAUUAGCUAUUGAUUUUAGCUCUUUGAUCUAAGGUACAAAUCGCAUUUUGUUGAUGUUAACUACACUGAAUUUUUGAACUGAGUCAGAUCUUUAUUCUGUCGAUAUUUUUUAGUCAUUCCUAAAUGGUGAUUUAAGUUAAUUUAUUUUAAAUCUGACUUGUUGAUUUAUUACUAAUUUCAGUUUUGAAACGAGCUUAAACAGAACAUCGCCUUGAUGGCGCUACCGUUUCUCAAAAAUAUACUUUUUUUCAUAAAAACUGGCUGUGUAUCACACGGAUAGAUUCGUUUAUUACCACAAUCUUGGGGUUUUAUAUGUUUUGGUGCUAAUUCGUCAAUUUUAUUUUAGUUAAAAUGUGUUUUCUUAUAUUAAAUUAAAAGUAAUGUUUUUGAUAACCAGCGUGAAGCUAAGGCAUUUAUGUUUUUUAUUUUGCAAUAAACUCAAUUUUCCACUAAACAUUGGGUAAUUUGUUGAAUUAUAUCAAAUUCGGUUCUAUAAUUUAAUUAAAAAAAGUUUACUGUAAAAUUGAUUGGAACAUUGCGAAUCGUAAGCGCUCCCUAGUAGGUACUUUAAGUCAAAACAAUACACUUAUUUUUUGAAGAUUUCUAGGUAAUUAUCUUUUUUUUUUAAUAAGCAAUUAAUAACUUUUUGUCUAGAGCACUCGAUUACAGUUUAUACAAUAUUUUUUUAUCAAAAAUGUUUGUUUUUAAGUUUCAGUACUCGACAGGUGGCGUUUUUUUAAUAUAUUAAUUUUCCUGCAGACCAAAAAUGGCGGUUAUCUAAAAAUAACCAAUUUUUAAGCAUUUUAUAUGAAAAAUAUAAAACAUCGCUUGUCGAAUAUUUAAACGCCCUGUAGUGUAUAGAUUUUUAAACAAUAAGGUAUAUCAAGAAAAAAAUUAGGCUGUAUCAUAUCUUGACAUUGUUUAAAUUUUGUCCCCCCAUAUUUUUUAUUCUUUUAGCUUUAAAUAUACAAUCUUUUAACAAUAAAAUUACAAUCUAUAUACUCAAAAAGUAAUUUACUUAUUAAUUAAUUUUAAAGAGCCCUUACAUUAAAUUUAAAUAAUGUCAGGUCUACAGAAAAGUUCGAUCAGCUUCAUCAUAUGCGAGGGUUUCAAAAAUUAUCUCGGUUUUUUAAACCCCUGUAUAGUCAGAACGUUGAUUUUUUUUUUCACAAUAGAGUAAAGUUUGAUUAGUAGGCAAAUACAAAUUAAAAUCUUCAAUAUCUAUCAAAACUAUUAUGAUAAUUAUUGAAGUGGCUGCAUUGUUCAAUUCUCUUCUCAUUCCUUUGAAAAUGAUCGGAUCUUGUUUUUAUUUGAAAACUUAACAAUAACAACAUGUGAUUGUUAAAAUUUCUCCUUCACAUUUGUCUACCAAUGAAAUUUUUGAAAGCUUUUUCAUACCCACUAAUGAUACUUUCUGGCUUAUACAUCUAUUUGAUAAGAGAUUGUUACUGCAUUGUUUUAGUGAUGAAUGUUUGUAUGUGAUGUAUUUAUUAAUAUCAUAUAUGAAAUUAUAAUAUAGAUUUUAAUUAAGUGGCAUUUUGUAUUAUUUUCAUGUUAUAAGGUGUAUUAAUACAUUUAUUCUCUUACGUUA